AUCCCAUCCGUCCGACGGUGCCAUCCAGCCCUCCGAUUUGAACGUCACGCUCCUCCUCCCUCAAAUACCCCCGUCGCCUCCCGCAACUAGCCGUUACGCUUUCCCCUUCCUCCUUCCGCCUCCCACCCACCCAAAACCUAACCCCAAAAAUCCCCCAAUCUCUCUCGCCUGCUCGAUCCCCCAAUCCAUGGAGUUCGCCGUCCCUGUCCCCCAGCAGGUCUCCAGCCUGGCGCUGCCGGUGGUGGUGGCGGAGGCGGAGGCGGCCGCCGCCGCCGCUGCUGCUCCGGGGAGGAGGGGGGCAGCGGGCGGCGUGAGCUCGAUACCGAAGGGCGCUGGGGCUGCCGCGAGGAGGAAGACGCUGUGCGACAUCACCAACCUGAGGCCGCGGCCGGCGGCGGCCGUGGAGCAGGACGGGGCGACGUGUGCCGCGGACGCGGGCGGAGUCGCGCAGGCGCAGCUUGUCAAGGAGAACUCGGAACUUGUGAGGCUCCUCGAGGAGAGGGACAAGAUCAUAGAGUUGAGUGGGACAGAGUUGCAGAAGUUGCGGCUCGCUAACUGGCAGCUCGCGCAGGCAAAUUCCCAGAUGCUGGCAGAGCUCAACCUUGGGAGAGAUAGGCUAAAAAAGCUGCAACAUCAACUCGCUUGCUCGAGAGCUGUUAUCGCAACAAAAACAUCAGAAUUGGAGGAGGCCAAGAAGGCGAUGAAGCGCAAUAGGAACCUGCCACUGCCAGAGAAGGCUCCUCCUGCAAGCGAAACGGCGCAGCAGCAGCAGGGUUCUGAUAGAGCGGCACAGAUCAAGGAUGGAGAUGUCGUCAAUCCAGAGCCCGCCGCGGCUUCAGACGCAUCGCAUGCGGCAAGCACCAAGAAACUCAGCAACGCCAGCAGGAAACGGAUGCAAAGAUCUCGAUCUCUAGGACCAGCUGCAACGACGAAACUAGCAGCGACACCAAAGGAGAAGGAGAAUGUGCAGAGAAGGAAGUCCAUGAGAACACCGGUACCACAGCCGAGCGAGCAUAGGGAGGACCUGUUCGAGAUCGAGGACCUCCAGCUCGCGAUCGGCGGCGGUGGCGGCGGCGGCGACAGCAAGGCCGGGACCAGUGACCCUCCUGAGCAAGCGGCGGUGGCGGUGGCGGCGGCUCAGUUCCCGCGGAGGUCGUCGCUGGGGAGGCCGAUCAGGAGGGCCACGGAGAGGGUGGCCUCCUACAAGGAGAUGCCUGUCAACAUUAAGCUCAGGAGGUCCUAGCCUAGCAUCCUCUCCUAAGGCCAGAAUGUCUUAUAGUCUGAUAGAGCUGCGUGCUGCAAUGAUUCUUUGCAGUUUAGUUAGUUAGUGUAGCAUGUCAUUUUGUUUGUUGGAAUGGUUGUUGGAUUGAAUUCUUGAUGUACCAUGUGUGUAUUCUGAGCUGUGACACAUUUAUUUACGGUUAAGAGGGGGUGCUGUGUGUGAAGAAUUGCUCGGGAUCUGACCAAUUUGGAAAUGAAAUUAUGAUUAAGAUGCA